ACCGCUUUCUGCGUGAUUCGACCAGCCCCGAAAGAUCCUCGAAAUCUUUUCCAGGCAAUCGCGGAGACGGUGCGUGCGGGAAAUUCUUCAGCCCUCUCUUCACGGCCUCGCGCAAUUCGGUGUUGCGUGUCGCUUCCGAAGGCUUGAUUCUGCCACCAUUUGGUGCUCAAAUCGACACAAUUUAUCUAGCUCCACCCCCCAAUUACCCUUGACCCUUCGUCCUCUCAUCUCUCUCCCAUCACCACGCCCUCCACCGUUGUGGGGACGACCAUAUUUCUUCCCCUCCAUCACCAAUUGAUCCAACAAACAAAGACCCCUCUCAAUCCUGACCCGCUCUCGUCACAUUGACAUUUCACAAUGUCGAAUAACGUAACCGAACACACGCUUUCGAGCGAUCACCACCACCUUCCCUCUGCUCAAUUCGACUCGGAGAAGCAGCCGAUCGAUGAGAAGUCUGGGAUCGAGGGAAUUCCUCUGGACGAAGAGGAUGAUGAGGACAUUGAUGGACUUAUUCAGGAACUCGAAUCCCUUGAUGGCCAUGAUGAAGAGUUUGAGGAGAGUGAUGCCGCUCCUGGCUCUAGCGCUCGCCCCGUUCCCGAGGAUCUCCUCCAGACCGACACCCGCACCGGUCUCACCUCCGCCGAGGUUGAUUCGCGCCGCAGGAAGUAUGGUCUCAAUCAGAUGAGGGAGGAGAAGGAGAACCUCAUCCUCAAGUUCCUCAUGUACUUUGUUGGUCCGAUUCAGUUCGUCAUGGAGGUUGGUUGCACCGCGUCUUCCUUUUACCCGGUUUUUUAUUAUUAUUUUUCCAUCCAUAUCAAACUUCCUGAUUCUUGUAUUACCUUCUUUGCUGAUUGGUUCUUUUCUCGGCAAUUUAGGCGGCUGCCAUCCUUGCCGCCGGUCUCCAGGAUUGGGUAGAUUUUGGUGUCAUUUGUGCUCUCUUGUUGCUCAACGCUUGCGUUGGCUUCGUUCAGGAAUUCCAGGCUGGUUCCAUUGUCGAUGAAUUGAAGAAGACUCUCGCUUUGAAAGCUGUUGUCCUCCGUGAGGGCCGUCUAUUUGAGAUUGAGGCACCGCAAGUCGUGCCCGGCGAUAUCCUACAGAUUGAAGAGGUUUGUCUUUUUUACAUUCUUGGCCUGAUGAAACUGCACUUUCGGGUCUUGUGGUGAUUGUGCUAAUUCGUCGUGUCUCACAGGGAACCAUUAUUCCCGCUGACGGUCGCAUUGUCACCGAAGACGCUUUCCUCCAGGUCGAUCAAUCCGCCAUCACUGGUGAAUCCCUCGCUGUUGACAAGCACAAGGGCGACCAAUGCUAUGCUUCCUCCUCCAUUAAGCGUGGCGAGGCCUUUAUGGUCGUCACCUCCACCGGUGACAACACUUUUGUCGGACGCGCCGCUGCUUUGGUGAACGCUGCUUCCGCCGGUACUGGUCAUUUCACUGAGGUUCUUAACGGUAUCGGAACCGUUCUCUUGGUUCUCGUCAUCUUCACCCUCCUCAUUGUCUGGGUUUCCUCCUUCUACCGAUCCAAUGGCAUUGUCACCAUCUUGGAAUUCACCCUUGCCAUCACCAUCAUUGGUGUCCCCGUCGGUCUUCCGGCCGUCGUCACCACCACCAUGGCUGUCGGUGCCGCUUAUCUCGCCAAGAAGCAGGCCAUUGUCCAGAAGUUGAGCGCUAUCGAGUCUUUGGCCGGUGUCGAGAUUCUCUGCUCUGACAAGACCGGCACCCUCACCAAGAACAAGCUCUCCCUCGCUGAGCCAUACACUGUCGAGGGCGUCGAGGCUGAUGAUCUCAUGCUUACCGCCUGCUUGGCCGCUUCCCGCAAGAAGAAGGGUCUUGAUGCUAUCGACAAGGCUUUCCUCAAGUCUCUCCGCUUCUAUCCUCGUGCCAAGAAUGUCCUCUCCCGCUACAAGGUUCUCGAGUUCCAUCCCUUUGACCCCGUCUCCAAGAAGGUUACCGCCAUUGUCCAAUCUCCCCAGGGUGAGCGCAUUGUCUGUGUCAAGGGUGCACCUCUCUUCGUCCUCCGCACCGUCGAGGAAGACCACCCCGUUCCCGAGGACGUUGCCAACAACUACAAGAACAAGGUUGCUGAAUUCGCUACUCGUGGUUUCCGUUCUCUCGGUGUUGCUCGCAAGCGUGGUGAGGGCCACUGGGAGAUUCUCGGUAUCAUGCCUUGCUCCGACCCUCCUCGUCACGAUACCGCCAAGACCAUUAAUGAGGCCAAGACUCUCGGUUUGUCCAUCAAGAUGUUGACUGGUGAUGCUGUUGGUAUUGCUCGUGAAACCUCUCGCCAGCUCGGUCUCGGCACCAACGUCUACAAUGCCGAGAGGCUAGGUCUCAGCGGUGGCGGUGAUAUGCCCGGUUCUGAGGUCUAUGAUUUUGUUGAGGCUGCCGAUGGUUUCGCUGAGGUUUUCCCUCAACACAAGUACAAUGUCGUCGAAAUUCUCCAACAACGUGGAUAUCUGGUUGCUAUGACUGGUGACGGUGUUAACGAUGCGCCCUCCCUUAAGAAGGCUGAUACUGGUAUUGCUGUCGAGGGCGCUUCCGAUGCUGCCCGUUCUGCCGCCGACAUUGUUUUCUUGGCUCCUGGUCUCUCGGCCAUCAUUGACGCCCUCAAGACCUCCCGCCAGAUUUUCCACCGAAUGUAUGCCUACGUUGUCUACCGUAUUGCCCUGUCGCUCCAUUUGGAAAUAUUCUUGGGUCUCUGGAUCGCCAUCUUGAACGAGUCUCUCAACUUGAACCUUGUUGUCUUCAUCGCCAUCUUUGCCGAUAUCGCCACCUUGGCCAUUGCCUAUGACAAUGCACCCUUCUCCAAGUCUCCUGUCAAGUGGAACUUGCCCAAGCUCUGGGGCAUGUCCAUCCUUCUUGGUGUUGUCCUUGCCAUUGGAACCUGGAUUGCUCUGACCACCAUGUUCGCUGGUGGAAGUUCCGAUCGCGGCAUUGUCCAGAAUUUUGGUAACCGUGAUGAAGUUUUGUUCUUGGAGAUUUCCCUCACUGAGAACUGGCUCAUCUUCAUUACCCGUGCCAAUGGUCCUUUCUGGUCUUCCAUUCCUUCCUGGCAAUUGUCUGGUGCUAUUUUGCUCGUCGAUAUCAUUGCUACUCUCUUUACCAUCUUUGGCUGGUUUGAGGGCGGUAAACAGACAAGCAUCGUCGCCGUUGUCCGUAUCUGGAUCUACUCUUUCGGAAUUUUCUGUGUCUUGGGUGGUGUUUAUUGUGAGUAUUCUACGAUUCCAUCCAUCUUUUUAUUGAUUGCUAAUAGUAUCAUUGCAGAUCUCCUCCAAGACUCUGUUGCAUUUGAUAACUUCAUGCAUGGAAAGACCCCAAAGAAGGAUUCGAAGAAGCGGUCCUUGGAGGACUUUGUUGUCUCAUUACAGCGUGUCUCAACCCAGCACGAGAAAUCAUCAUGA